AUGGGGUUUUCGUUACAUUUAAAUACGGUAUCGUUCAUUCUUAUACUAGUUUCACUUGUCUUUUUGAUAUUUGGUUGUAUUUCAACACCAACGGCGUCCGUUUUCAAGUUGGGUACUACUGAUCGAUAUGAUUUUGGGAUUUUUGGUUAUUGUAAGUCAUCUGGUUCAUGUUCAAGUGCAACUUAUCCUUUGAAAUUAAGUGACUUGCAGAAAGUGUCUAGUUGGCAGUUUGCCGCCGAUACUAGAGAUACUUUGGCUAAAAUCUUUAUUAUUAUUCCCAUUGCUGCUUUUUUCAACUUAAUUUCCUUGAUUAUUGUUGCUUUAUCUCAUUGCUUAUCAAACACUUUGAUUAUCAUCAGUCUUGUUACCACUUUUUUCGCUUUUGCUCUUUCUACUAUUCUGUGUAUUGUGGUUAUUCUUGCCUAUUACCCCAAUGUUGGUUGGGCUGGUUGGAUUCUUAUUGGUUCUGCUGCUGCUGAUUUAAUUGCAAUUCCUUUCCUUAUUCUCGCUUUGAAAUUGAAAAAUGAUGAUUCGACCGAUGAUGAUGAUGAAGACUCUUCUUUAAGUAACGUUGCUCGUACUGGUACGGUUGAUGAUUUAACUAAAUUUGAUGAUAAAUUUGGUUAUGUUUCUGCUCCCGCUUUUAAUGGUCCUGGCUUACCUAGAUCUUAUAAUAAUGCUGACGAAACUAGUUCCAUCUCAAAAGAUUAUGAAUAUAAAGUUAAUAAUAAUAAUUCAAAUCCUUAUAUUCAACCUCAACCUCCUCAUGCAACUAAAACUUAUUCAAAUUCAAGUGUUUAUAAUUCAAAACCUCAAGUCGCUCAAGAUUUCACUAAUCAUCAAAAACCUUCAGCUAUUUCUUUAGCUCAACAAACAAAUGCUUCAAGUUAUUAUGAAGAUGCUCAAGUUAAUUUAGUUAAUGGUCCAAAUACUCCUAUUUCUGCCAAACAACAAAUGGCUCCUAAUUUGGUUCCAAAAGUUGCUACUCCAACCUCAAAUGAUCCUCCUCCAUUAUCAAAUCCUCCUCAAUUGCCUUAUCCAACUUCAAAUCAAGGCUCUCCUUUAAACAGACCAGGCUAUAAUCCAACUAAUUAUGGGGUUUUUGAACACCAUCCGGAAGUUGAAGGUCAUAAACCUUUUACUGAAUUGAAUGAUGAUGACGAUGACGUGGUUGCUGAUGAUUUUAACCAAAAUAAUCAAACUAACCGUAGAUCAAUUGAUAAUACUUCAGAUAAUGAUUCAGAUUUUACUAGUGUCUCUCAAAGAGCUGUUAAUCCAAAAUAUAAUCCAAAUGGUCAAUAUUAUCAAAUGGCUCAACCUCCUCCUGUCCCUCAAAACUCUCAACAUUAUAAUCAAUACCCAAACGCUAGUCAAUACUCUCCUCAAUUUGCUCCAAAUAUGCAAAUGCGUAACGUUCCUCAAGGUGGUUAUCAACCAUCUCCUAAUCCUCAACAACAAGGCUAUUUCCCAGCUCCUCAAAAUUACCAACCCCAACAACAACCUUACUAUAAUCAAGCUGUUGUUCCUCCUCCUCAACAACAACAACAAGCAAGAGGUCCAACCAUUUCUGAUAACGUUUUGAAUAAUAAUCCUGACUUUGCCCUCGGCUUGGGCGGAGGUGCCGCUAAACGUAAGGCUUAUGGUGGGCCUGCUAGACCAAUGGGACCAAGUGCUAUGCCUGGUAUGCCAGGUGGUUUACCAAAUGCUUCCAGAAUGGGUGCACCUUCUCAACUGAAAAGAGUUAACGGUUUGAGAGAUGGCCCAUAUGGAAUGCUUCGUUAG